AGCUAAAUUCUCUUUUUUUCUUCUCUUCCUUCCUUCCUUGCCAAGUCAAUCAAUAUGAACUUUUUUUCGAGCUCUGAAAAAAGAAAAUCGCACCAAGACGAUGCAGGAUCAGAUAGUGGAUCCAUUGUACAAAUAGAAGGAACAAACUUUAAUCGAAACGAUAUUCUGAUUUGCGCUACCAAUGGAAAAAUAUAUGCUCUUCAUAAACGUGAUGGAAGUCGCCUAUGGCGUGCCAAAUUCCCUACAAGCGCUUAUGGCAAUAUUGUCUCUGUAUUUGUCACAGAUUAUGAUGAUGUGAUUGUGGGCGCAGUUGGUAAAACUGCUUGCAUGAAACUCAUGACGGGUGAAACUAAAUGGAUUAAUAAAAUGCCUGGAUUUGGAGCAGAAGAAGUGUCGGUCAUUACUACACCGAGUCGGUUUUUACGUCCUUUAGAAAUUACAAACAAUCCGAAUGCAUUACCUCCUAGCUAUGGGGAAGAAAGAGAAGCUUUGGGAGAACCCAUUGUGUUUGGAUGUUCACGAGGCAAAGUCAUGGCCAUGAACAGUCGGACAGGCGAAAAAUUAUGGGAGUACAAUUGUCCAGGAGGAUGGUAUAAUGUACCUGUAGCCCUUGUUGAGCCACCCAGUUUAGAAGCAGGCCGUCCUUACCAAUUGAUUUAUGUUGGUUCAGGAAAAUGGGUAUAUUGUUUACGUGCCACUACAGGCCAAGUGAUGUGGAGUGUGAAGGUGACAAACGCUAUAUUUACCUUGAACUACAUAGCAUUGGCUACACCAUGGAGUUCUCGAUUAGCAGCAGAAUCCCAUACUGCUUUUAGUCAGAAUCCAAUUGCUCAAGCAAGAGAUAAUGAGCGAAAAAAUGAAUAAAGUA